UCACAUCCAUCAAAACCCUUACAUUUCAUUCUCAACAACAAAUUCCUUCCAAAUGGCUCGUACCAAACAAACCGCAAGAAAAUCAACUGGCGGAAAAGCCCCAAGAAAACAGCUUGCAACCAAAGCCGCAAGAAAAUCCGCCCCAGCAACAGGUGGAGUGAAAAAGCCGCAUCGGUUCAGGCCCGGGACGGUGGCGUUGAGGGAGAUUAGGAAGUACCAGAAGAGUACCGAGUUGUUGAUCCGGAAGCUUCCGUUUCAAAGGUUGGUAAGGGAAAUUGCUCAGGAUUUUAAGACGGAUUUACGGUUUCAGAGUUCGGCUGUUGCCGCGCUUCAGGAGGCGGCUGAGGCGUACCUCGUUGGGUUGUUUGAGGAUACGAAUUUGUGUGCGAUUCAUGCGAAGAGGGUUACGAUUAUGCCUAAGGAUAUGCAGCUUGCGAGGAGGAUUCGGGGUGAAAGAGCUUAGAGUUAAUGCAAGGAUUGUGUGUUUACAGUAUGGCUUUAGAUCUGUGUUAGGGUUUUGUGUUUUGAUGCUUAUGUAAACAGAUAUUGUUCUUCUAUUGAUAUGAAGGAAAUUAAAUUAAAACUAAAA